AUGGAGGCCCUCUCGGACUUCGCCAACUACCUGACACGUGGCGUGCAGCGACGGGUGGAGAUGAUGGUGGCGUACAAGGUGGAGGCCAAGCUCGACAGAUACAUCCCCGACGGAUUCUCAUACACGGACGCCAUCAAGAUGCGGAUUGCUAUUUACAUCGCCAAGGGGCUCGUCGCGCCAUGCUUCCCCCUCUCUUCCCAAUGCCAUUUCUCCCACUCCCUUCGCACCUUCUUCCCCCUAUACACUCCCCCCAGUCAUACACGGACGCCAUCAAGAUGCAGAUCGCUAUUUACAUCGCCAAAGGCCUAUCAUGAUAACACUGACGCCAUCAAGAUGCAGAUUGCAAUUUACAUCGCCAAGGGCCUUGUCGCGCCAUACUUCCCCCCAGAGGAUGCUGAGCAGGAGGCUCGGGAGGCGGCCGAGGAGGCUCGGAAGGCGGAGGAGGAGGCUCGGAAGAGGCUCGAGGAGGAGAAGAGGAAGAAGCAGGAGGGGGAGGAGAGCAGCAGCUUCUGGAGCCUGUUUUCAUGGGAUGAUGGGGAGGAGGAGGAGGAGCAGAAGAAGGAGGAGAAGAAAGAGGCUGAGUCGUACCUUAUGAGCUUCUUUCACAAGAAAGUGGAUGAGAAGUCAGAGGCGGCAAAGGCAGAGGCGGAGAGGAUCGCAGCGGCGCGAUACGCACAGAAGAAGGCCGAAGCAGAGGACGCAGCAAAGGAGGAGGAAGAGGAGCAAGGAGUGCUUGCCACUAUCAGCAACUUCUUCAGCUCCAAUUAG